CUCUCCUAAAGCCCAAGCACAAAAUAGCCCACUUAGAAUUUGCCACGGCCCAUCCUGAAAAAGAAGGCGGCUACUGGUACUCUGGAGUGAUGAGACCAAAAUAAAUGUUUUUGGAACUGAUGGCUUCAAAACUGUAUGGCGCCACAUAGGUGAGGAGUACAAAGAAAAGUGCAUGGUGCCUAUAGUGAAACAUGGUGGUGGCAUUGUCCUUCUAUGGGGCUGCAUGAGUACUGCCGAUGUUGGGGAGCUGCAUUUCAUUGCUGGUAUCAUGAAUUCACAGAUGUACUACUCUAUACUGAAAGAGAAGAUGCUACCAUCACUCCAUGCCCUUGGUCGUCAUGCACUUUUCCAACAUGACAAUGAUCCAAAACAUACAUCUAAGGCCACUGUUUCAUUUCUGAAGAACAGGGUGAAAGUGAUUCAGUGGUCAAGUAUGUCUCCUGAUCUGAACCCAAUCAAACACCUAUGGGGAAUUCUAAAGAGACAUGUUGAGCAUCAACCUGCAUCCAACAGGCUCUAAAAAGAGGUAAUUCUUAA